AGUCGAGUUUGAAACUUACACUCAAGCGGAGUUGUAAAUAGUUGUUCGAGUUUUUUGGCUCGUACUCAAACUGUAGAAAAAUGUAAAAAGUCGACUAAAACAUAAUAUUCGUUUGCCUGCAAGUUCUUUUUUGGAUUUUAAGUUUAAGCGAAAACGAAACCGAAACCGAUACCGAAAUAUUUUAGAAAAGAAACGAAAACGUAAACUAAACCCAACGGUUUAUAGCUUGCUGUAAUUGCACAAAUUAAAUACUUACAUGUAUAGUGGUAAACUCAGAUAUCGAAUUAACGUAACGAACGUAAGUUAAGAGUAGAGCUAAUUUCUGGUGCGUAUAACUCCAUUAGAACACGAUUAGCCUAGCAUAUAGUCAACAUAGAGCAGCGGAACCAGCUGUCCGCAUCAGAAGUGCCAACAAUAAUUCAAUCAGAACCCAGACGCAAAAAGAAACCGCCAAGUGACAACGGUGACACGAACCAUACCAAGUCGCCGGAGCUGGAGUCUCUCCCCUCCCUUAGCUCCAAAAACGCAAACUAACCAGAAAACUUUGUCGAACAAUCGUCUAAGACGCCAAUCGUGCGUGUGUGAAAGUUUUACCCACAUCUAUUGAAAAUAUUGGACUCAAUUGCAGAUACAUAGUGAGAAAGUGACGCGAGUGCUUCAAUUUCGCCACGCGUACAGCAAAAGGAAUUAAGCUAAAUUAGGAGCAGCAAAAUAGACAUACAGCACCAGGAUGUCCUCUUCCAUGCCAAAGACGAUGAUCUGGCCAACAUUUAUCAUUUCGCUGCUGUUGCUCCACGCAACGGCUAAUGCCAUCGAUUUGAGCCGCUUGUACGGACACAUGGCAAAUCCGAUACAAAAACGUAGCGAUGCCUGCCAUCCGUACGAGCCAUUCAAAUGUCCCGGCGACGGUAAUUGCAUUUCCAUUCAAUAUUUAUGCGAUGGUGCGCCCGAUUGCUCUGACGGUUACGACGAGGAUAUGCGCCUUUGCACUGCUGCCAAGCGUCCACCCGUCGAGGAGACUGCAUCAUUUUUGCAAAGCCUAAUCGCAUCACAUGGACCCAAUUACUUGGAGAAACUUUUUGGCAGUAAGGCACGUGAUGCCCUUUCACCACUGGGUGGUGUGGAGAAGGUGGCCAUCGCUUUGAGUGAAUCACAAACGAUUGAGGACUUUGGCGCCGCAUUGCAUCUAAUGAGAUCCGAUUUGGAGCACUUGCGUUCCGUUUUCAUGGCUGUGGAGAAUGGUGAUCUUGGCAUGUUGAAAUCGCUGGGCAUCAAGGACUCUGAGUUGGGUGAUGUGAAGUUCUUCUUGGAGAAAUUGGUCAACACCGGUUUCCUCGAUUGAGUAGCGCCGGAUCCGGCUUCUGGAUUUUAUUAUGCACACGCACAGCCCAUUAAUCCUAAUUUCUAUUCAUAUUUGGGCACACCCUAUGAUAAUUACAAUUAUUAGAAAGGUGUUACCCCAGGUAUGAAUAUCAAUAUUAAUGACACAUACAUUCAAACAUCCAUACAUUAAAUAUUUUCUCAAAAAUUUCGAAGUUCUCUUGAGUUUUCAAAAUAUAAUCUUAAGUUUUAUGCUCUCUUAGCCCAUCCAACUAUUUAUUUGCUAUCUAUUUGAAAACAUCUUUUAUAGAAAACACCAAAAGCAACAAAAAUAAAUAAAUAAUAAAAACAACAAAGGCAACAAACUUAGCAGAUAGGACGCUAAAUCGAUUUCUCUGCUUCUAUUUCACUAUUAUUCUGCGCUCUUUCAAUCGGUCUGCACUUUUAAGCUCUCUCAAUUAAUUUGUAUUUAAACUUUGCCAAAUUUUGAGAAAAUCAACGCGCAUCUUUUAAUAACUGAUCGAAUUUUCAAACAAAAAGAAUAAAAAAGCAUUACAUAUUCACGCAAAAUAAAAGCAAAAUGUGGAAGCAGGAUCGUUCGGCAAAAGAAACCAAGCAAAACAAAAGUAAAAAGAAAAC